UUAAAGCGUAUACGUGCGCGCGCUUCUACAGCGCUGUUCAAACCGGUAGAAAUAACAGCGGAACACAAACCGAAAUAUGGACGUUUAUUUAUAACAUCAUUACAUCAUAGAUUGAAGUAAAAAUGGAUUUUCUCAUCGGGAGCCCGUUUUCCUCCCCGGUCGGCCAGCGUAUUCAGAAAGCCACUUGGGGCUCUUUAGAGAGUGAGGACUGGGGCAUGAACAUGGAAAUCUGUGACAUCAUCAAUGAGACAGACGAUGGACCUAAAGAUGCAAUGAAAGCCAUUAAGAAGCGGAUCGUAGGAAAUAAAAAUUUCCGAGAAGUCAUGCUGGCACUGACUGUUCUUGAGACAUGUGUGAAGAACUGCGGACAUCGUUUUCAUGUUUACGUAUGCACUCGGGAUUUUGUAGAGGGUGUGCUUGUCCGAACCAUUCUCCCAAAAAACAAUCCCCCUAUGGUCUUACACGACCGAGUCUUAAGCCUCAUUCAGGCGUGGGCAGAUGCUUUCCGGAACGUUCCAUCACUGUCUGGAGUUGUGAGUGUGUAUGACGAUUUGAAGAAGAGAGGACUGGAGUUUCCUAUGACUGAUCUGGAUGCUUUGUCACCAAUACACACCCCCAUCAGGAGCAUUCAAGAAAACAAUGCACCUGCCCACACUGCAGAACCCGCAAUGCACACAUCCAACGUGGAAAGCACUCAAACUUCACAUGUCCCCCAGGCAAAUGGGGCACCUGCACCUAUCUCACCUGAACAGAAACAGAAGCUGAGGUCAGAGUUGGACCUAGUGAAGGGAAACCUGACAGUAAUGACAGAGAUGCUGAACCAGCUUAGACCAGGAGAGAGCUCAUCAACAGACACAGAGCUACUGCGGCAGUUGUACUCGGUAUGUAAGAACAUGCAAAACCGAAUAGUGGAACUUAUCCCCAGUCUGAGUGAAGAAGAGCUGAUUGGAGAAUUGCUCGUUAUCAACGAUGAUCUCAACAAUGCUUUCAUACGCUAUGAGAGGUUUGAAAGGCUGAGCACAGUCCAAAGACCAUCCACGGAUCAAGUAAAUCCGGUGACAGAAAACCUUCUAGACAUUAACCUAGCUCCAGAUCCAGCUCCAGCCAAUCAGACGUUAUUUCCACCUGUCAGUCAGCCAGUGACGCAGCCUACAUCUAAUCCCAUAAUGACUGCAGCUGCAGGAGAUGAUGAUGAAUUCGACAUGUUUGCUCAGACGAGAGGACGUUCACUGGCUGAGCAGAGAAAGAGUGUCAGAUACGAGGACCCUGGUGCAGUAGAUGGACUAGCAGAAGCGCUGGACACUCGGCUUCAGGUCACAGCAGGGCGUGAGUGUACGAAGGAUGUGGCAGGUGAAUGGAGUCGUCAGUCUCAGUGGAUAUACAGUGAGGCACUGGCACCUGCGCCGCAAAGUGCAGCUAUGGAUGACAUUGAGAAGUGGUUGUCUUUAGAAACGUGUGAUUUUGAUGCUGAUGAAGAUGGUGUUACAACUGAAGAGUUUGACAGGUUUUUAGCGCAUAGAGCAAAAGCAGUGGAACAUCUCCCUUCUGUGCAGAAAAGCUCCUCGACUCCUGGGAACCCUCAACAAUCAGCACAGAAACAAGAGCGCACUCAGGAUCAGCUCUUCACCCUCUAACACACUCAGUUUAACAGAAAGAACGAAGAAUCAGGUAGCAGAAAAUGCAUUGCUCAGAAGUUGCUAUUUCCACCUAACUGCCUUUUUGUUUUUCUUUGUACAGAACUGCAUUAGGAUCAGUGCAUCCAAUGACAAAAAGUAAUCUUAAGAAAGCCACUGAAGAAAAGGUUAAAUGUUUUGUGUCUGUGUUCCCCACACACCUUUUUUUUUUUUUUUUUUUUCUUCUUUUAAACUAACCAGCGGUGGUUGUUUACAUGUAGAGAUUUUUUCUUGUCAAUCAAAAUAAUUCAUUCUGAUUAUAGAUUCCCAACAGAGUGGACACUAUAUAGACUACAUUCCUCAAUCUUUGUUUACAUAUAUGUUCCUUGUAAUCAAAAAAAAAAAAAAAAACAACCGUGUGCAUUUGCAAAAAACAUGAUUUAGUGUCAUUGUUGUUAUAACAACAAGAUGUACCUCUUAGUUUGUGGCUUGCUUUAGCUAGCGUUCAAGCGUUCAAACACUCUUUUUUUUUUAAACAAGAUUUAAUUUCCCACAAAACAAAACAUAUUUUCAACAAAGGUACUUGUUAACCAGAAGGUGAGAAUGUUGUCAUCAUGCAUUAUUACACAAAAGAAGUUUCAGCAGUUUAUUAUAUUAGAGAACGUUUACAGUUUCACUUUUCCUUUUUUUUUUUCCUCCCAAAUUACAAAAAAUGUAGGAAAGCAUAGCUAAUGUCAUAGUUUGUGGUUUUAUUACAUGAAGCUGUCUAGCUAUAGAACGUCUAAAAUAUUAUUUAGUAUCAAAUGUUAAAGCCUUUAUUAGUACCCGCUUUAUUACUGUGUCAAUCACAAGACAGCGAGCCAAUCAGAAUCUCUCUCUCUCUCUCUUUCUCUCUCGCUCUCUCUGACACACUUUUAUACCUAAAUUACAGUUUGUAUUAAUUUUCAUUCCAUAUCUUCUUGACUAAUUACUGUUAAUGUUAAUUCUUCUGCGCUGCUAAAGUGCUUCCUCACUCGUGUUGUGUUUGUCAUGUUCUGAGCUCUUUAAGCCAGUCUUUAUUUCUGCCCAUCAGUCAACAAAUCUGGCUUACUGCGAUUACAGAUCAGCUCUCUGGGCUAUGAAGUGUAGAAAAAUCACUAUAUGAUGGACGACACUGUGAUGUACUUUUAUUUAAAAUAGUUCAUGAAUAACCUGUAGACUACAAGACUGUCGUGUUGUCGUAAUUUAAAUUUAUUGUAAAAAUGACGAUUCUGAAUUAAUAUUAAUUUGACAAUAUUGUGAUUUAUGUAUGGUAAAUUAAAAUUAUUUGCUGCUUG